AUGCCCAAGUCAUUCAAUAAGGUACACAAGCAAAUCUCGAAAAAGCGGGGGGUGAUUGAGGGGCUUCAUGAGAACAGUCGAGAUGCGAAGAGAUUGCACCGGGCGAAUUCAAGAGACGAUCGAGUGGCUCGAAUGCAGACCAAAAUGGCUAGAGGGAGGAAUUCAUACCUUGAGCGCAUACUCUACUUCCAAGAGCAUGUCCCCGAAGGAUCAGGGCCGUUCUCCGACGACGACAUCAGAGAAUUGGUGACAAGACACAUCAACCGCGACGUCCCCGAGAUCGAGCAAUUACAACACGAACGGCGCAAAGGCCGUCCGCCAUCGAAGCGUGAAGAGGCCCUACUACAACGCACCGACGCUGAGAAUAAAGAGCUGAAGACCGGGUUCUGGAUGCCUGACUUGAGCAACGAAGAUGUGGUGAAAGCGCUUCCCCGAUGGAACCAAGUCUGGUCGAGUCUCAGUGCGAUGAAGUUUAUCCGGUUUACGUCUGACGGUGGGAAACAACCCUCGACAUUCCCUCCGAAAGGUCUUUCUUGA